CGCGCUCCAUCCACCAAUGAACGCCUCAGGUCACAAUCGCGGGGCGUCACGGGACCAGUAAUUCUAGCGCGCCCAUUCAGCGGCCUCAGGUCAUAAUCCCAAAGGCAUGCCGGGAGUUGUAGUUUCUGAGUUGCGCCCCUCAGGCGCUACCGACGCCUGAGAGCAGAGAGCUGUAGUAGCACGGGCAGCCAUGGUCUCGGCUCGCGUGUCGCUCUGGGCCAUCUGCGUGCUGCGCGUGGCACUAGCCACUGUGUACUUCCAGGAGGAGUUUCUAGACGGAGAGCGCUGGAGGAACCGCUGGGUCCAGUCCACCAAUGACUCCCAGUUCGGGCACUUCAGAGUCUCAUCGGGGAAGUUCUAUGGGCAUAAAGAGAAAGACAAAGGCCUGCAGACAACCCAGAAUAGCCGAUUCUACGCCAUCUCUGCGAGCUUCAAGCCAUUCAGCAACAAAGGGAAGACCCUAGUCAUCCAGUACACGGUGAAGCAUGAGCAGAAGAUGGACUGUGGUGGUGGUUACAUCAAGGUGUUCCCGUCUGACCUGGAUCAGAAGAAUAUGAAUGGAAAGUCUCAGUACUACAUCAUGUUUGGACCUGAUAUUUGUGGAUUUGAUAUCAAGAAAGUUCAUGUUAUCUUAUAUUUCAAGAAUCAAUAUCAUGAAAAUAAGAAGCCAAUCAGAUGCAAGGUGGAUGGCUUCACUCAUCUCUAUACCCUGAUCUUAAGGCCAGAUCUUUCUUACGAGGUAAAAGUUGAUGGCCAGUCUAUUGAGUCUGGCAGCAUUGAGUAUGACUGGAACCUGACAUCGCUGAAGAAGAUGGAAAAGACAUCACUGGAGUCUAGGGACUGGGAUCAGGUGGAAGGCAGCAAAGCCCAGGAUUGGGAAAAGCACUUUCUGGAUGCAGGUGCCAGCAAGCCAAGCGACUGGAACAGUGAGCUGGAUGGGGACUGGCUCCAGAAGCCACCAUACGAGGAUGGCCUGAAAGCUGAGGGCAUCGACAAGGACGUGUGGCUCCACCAGAAGAUGAGACCUGCUGGCUACCUGACGCAGUAUGACCUCUCAGAAUUUGAGAACAUUGGCGCCAUUGGUCUGGAGCUGUGGCAGGUGAGGUCUGGAACCAUCUUUGAUAACUUCCUGAUCACAGAUGAUGAAGAUUAUGCAGAGAAGUUUGGCAAGGCCACCUGGGGGGAAACUAAGGGUCCAGAAAAGGAGAUGGAUGCCAUACAGGCCAAGGAAGAAGUGAGAAAAGCCCGUGAGGAAGAUGAGGAGGAUUUGCUGAUGGGGAAGUUUCACAGGCAUAACCAUUUCAGCAGAUUCCACAGGCAGGGCGAACUGUAGUCAUCCUCACUCUGCGUGUUGAUGACUGGCCCAGCUGCAACUCUACUUUAAUACACAUCUGAAUGAUCACA